AUGAUGGAUUGGAUAGCAAGCCUUAACAGCUACCUGGUCCAAUCCAUGCUAGUGUACUCGGACUGUAGCGGAACCAGCACAAACGCAAAAAGCCCGCGGGAACCACUAGCCCCAGCAGCGACAACCACCACGGCAGCGAUUGCAACCACAAGCACGACCACAACCGCAUAUCAGCGGAAGCAAAACGCGCGGCACCACAACCGCAUAUUAGCAGAAACAACACGCGGCAACCACUACACCGCCACAGCAGUGCACCACGCGCGACACCACAACCGCAUAUCAGCGGAAACAGCACGCGGCAACCCCUACGCCGCCACAGCAGCAGCUACUAAAUCCGCGCCAGCAGCGAUAACCGCCACUGAAGCGGUUGCAACUACAAGCUCAACCACAACCACCACAUCAGUGGAAGCACAACAGCCGCCAAAUCAGCGGAAGCAAAACGCGCGGCACCACAACCGCAUAUCAGCGGAAACAGCACGCGGCAACCACUACGCCGACACAGCAGCAGCUACUACGUCCGCGCCAGCAGCGGUUGCACCCACAAGCGCAACCACAGCCACCAUCGCAGCGACGUAA